CGAGUUUAAUGACGUCAAGGCGUGUUGUCAUGGUACACAACACAGCCGAAAUCCAAUUUGAUAGCUAACGUACAGUUUGAUUAGUGGAAUUGAUAGGACAGCUAAAAUCUCAAGAUGUUUCACGUUGUAGCCGUGUUUAUGUUAUUGAUAGGUUAUGGUGAGUAGCCUAUACUAUAAGUUAGUUUUGGGAGCUGGCUGUGGUUGUAGUUUAUCAGAGUAUUUCAGGACACUUUCCAUGUUGACAAGAUUAUUUCAAGCUAAGUAAAAAUUUAUUUACUGAACUAUCCGAUUCUUUCCUUUAAAUUUAAAAUUCUAUUUUUCAAAAAAAAAGGGGCCUCUCAAACAAAAGAUGACUGCCCAGCCGGUGUACCUAGAGAUAACACCCUCAUAAUUCAUUCCGGUUUUUGCUUCAGCUUCAACUUCACGAAAAUACCCCACAAAGACGCCAGAGCCACAUGCGAAAAACACGGUGGCACUCUGGCCCUGGUCAAAACGCCGGAUCUUCAGGAUUUCCUCUACAACCAACUCGCCCACUACUACAACCACACCCACGACAAAGUCUGGAUCGGCCUCAACGACAUCGCCGCCGAAGAUAAGUUCGUCUGGGAGGACGGCACCAGCCUGAACUACAGCAACUGGGCCAGCGGCGAGGGCCCCAACAGUGGCAGCAUACAGCACGUGUUCCAGCACAACACCGAGGACUGUGUCAUCUUGGACGUCACAGCCAGGGGCAAGUGGCACGAUUACUCGUGUGACCACAGCGUCGUCUUCCUCUCCACGACCCCGGAGCUCCAUUCUUUCAUCUGUCAGUACACGCCGGUGGGGCGUAGUUCCACGGAACCGACGCAGAAGAGCGCGGGUACGUCGCCCUCAACGACAGAGAUUUCAGUGCAACCGGUGGUUACCCUAGCUACCAUCACCAACCCUUGCCCCCCUUUCACGUGUGACCUGGACUGCGGUAUGGACGGCUUCAAGAAGGACGCCACGACGGGCUGCUCCAUUUGUGAAUGCGACAUUUGAUUUUAGACAAUGAAGUUAAUUUGAAUUAUGUUGAUUCUUACAUAUGAAAUAUGUUGCUUCUUACAUGUGUAAUAAUUAUUUUACACAACAAACAUUUAUUUUUAAUCCGUUUCCUAUUGUUCCUAGCAAAUACAAGUAACGAAUGAAUAAGCAUUAUUUGAAGAAGAAAACAAACACCAACAACAACACAAACCUCCAACAACUUUUCUUAGCCAAUAAUUUGUUGAAUACAUUUUCUGAUGUUGACAAGAUGCUACAGUAUUAAAAUAUCACUAAUAGUGUAACAUAAAAAUAAUUCAUGAAUGUUUAAAAUUACUAUUGUUUGUUUUUUUGAAACUAGAAAAACCUCCUCUUUCAUU